AUGGCCAACUCUUCUGCUAAAAAGCAAGCUAUUGCUAACACGCGCACCUUGGACAAUCUACGCAAGGGAUUCAUGGUGGUCCAUCUUUGCUUUAUUCUCUGGCGUGUUGUGUAUCAUUGGAAUACAUUCCAUACAAGUCAACUGGUGCUCUAUGUUCUCACUUCAGGCGUUUCCAUGUUCAUGUACAGCACACUCGAAUCGACAGGUCGCCCAAGGUAUGAUGCUACUGGUACAUUGAUUUCUCCGGGCGAAGAUAUGAAUGCUGAAGGAUUGACAGCGUACAUGUUUGAUAUCAUUUACGUAACAUGGUUCACUCAAGUGAUGGUGGCAUUUGUGUCGAGCAAGUUUUGGUACACUUUCCUUGUGAUCCCUGGAUACGCUGCAUACAAACUUGGCCCCAUGCUCUUGAACUACUUGAAAGGAAGCUCAUCACCAUCAACGGAAGCUGAAUCGUCUGCUGGAAAAUCUAAGCGUCAAGCCAAAUUGGAAAAGAGAGCAAACAAAGGCCACGUCAAAUAUGUACGAUAA